AUGAUGCGCAUCGCUGCCACCAAGGCCGUCGCCCGUCCUUUGACUCUCGCCUCUCGAGCUACUUUCAGCACCACCCCCCGCGCUAUGGGCGAGGGCGACACUGGAGCUCCCUCCAAGUAUGGAGGCGGCGACGCUUUCCAGAAGCGCGAGAAGGCAAGCGAGGACUACGCUAUCCGCCUGCGCGAGAAGGAGAAGCUCCUUGAGCUCAAGAAGAAGCUCAGCGAGCAGCAGGCCCACCUCCAGCAGCUGUCCGACCACAUCGACGAGAUCACCAAAAACCAGGGCGGCGAGCACAACUAA